GAAGCAGAGAAGAGUCUCUCCACAUCAGAACGUCUGAUAAAACACCGGCAGAGACUCACAGGGAAGAGAACUCACCACUGCUCUGACUGUGGGAAGAGUUACUCAAGAUCUGAUUCACUACAACUUCACCAGAGAAUUCACACAGGAGACAAUUCUCACUGCUGCUCUGACUGUGGGAAGAGAUUCACCUCUUCAGCAGACCUUAAAAAACAUUUGAGAAUCCACACAGGAGAGAAACCUUAUAGCUGUGAUCAAUGUGGGAAGAGUUUUACACGUACAAGUAAUCUGAAAACACACCAGAGAAUACAUACCGCAGAGAAACCUCAUAGCUGUGAUCAAUGUGGGAAGAGGUUUUCUUCGUCUAGCCAUCUGACUACACACCAGAGAAUACACACAGGAGAGAAACCUCAUCACUGCUUUGACUGUGGAAAGAGUUACUCAAGAUCAGAUUCACUGAAAGUGCACCAGAGAAUUCACACGGGGGAAAAACCUUAUAGCUGUUUUCAAUGUGGGAAGAGUUGUAAUAACACAAACAGCCUGAAAACACACCAGAGAAUUCACACUGGAGAAAAACCUUAUAACUGUGAUCAGUGUGGAAAGAGUUUUAAUGAUACAAGCAGCCUGAAAACACACCAGAGAAUUCACACGGGAGAGAAACCUUAUAGCUGCUCUGACUGUGGGAAGACCUUUUCAAAAUUAUAUACAUUGCAAUCCCACCAGAGAAUUCACACGGGAGAGAAACCUUAUAGCUGCUCUGACUGUGGGAAGACCUUUUCAAAAUUCUAUACAUUACAAUCACACCAGAGAAUACACACAGGAGAGAAACCUUACAGCUGUGAUCAAUGUGGAAAGAGUUUUGUUACGUCUAGCCAUCUGACUCUACACCGGAGAAUACACACAGGAGAGAAGCCUUAUAUCUGUGAUCAAUGUGGGAAGAGAUACAAUGAUAAAAGAUCUCUGAUUAGACAUCAGAAAAUACAUGAAGGAGUUGUUUCAUGAUAUCAAUGAAAUGAUGUCACAAUGUAGAAUGUUUUAACAUUGUAGUAGGAUCAUUCUAAUGACGUCACAAUGUAGAAGCCUAAAUGUUUGUCCCCUGAUCUAUUGAUUUCAGCAUGAUGUGGAUAUUAGCCUCAUCAGGGGGAAAAUCCAGGUUUUGAAAGAGUCCUAAAGUGUUGGGUUAGAAUGAAAUGCAGGGUUAGGGUUAGCCCUAACCCUAACCCCUAACCCUAACCCACUUGAAUGAAAUGCAACACUUCCAAAUGUAGCCGACUGUCUUCUGCAGAUUAUCUAACAAGAAACAAUCUGAUUUCCCCCCUAAUCAUAUAUAUCCCUCUAUACCUCUAUAUGUCCCCCCUAAUCAUAUAUACCCCUCUAUACCUCUAUAUUUCCCCCCUAAUCAUAUAUACCCCUCUAUACCUCUAUAUUUCCCCCCUAAUCAUAUAUACCCCUCUAUACCUCUAUAUUUCCCCCCUAAUCAUAUAUACCCCUCUAUACCUCUAUAUUUCCCCCCUAAUCUAUAUCAGUGAUUUAUUGUUAAUUGACAAAACAAGUGUUUUUCGUGUUUGUGUAGUUAAUAAGGUGUUUUUAAAAAAAAUACACAAGUAAUAUGUUUGUGUCGAUAAAACGUUAAAACUGUUUUGACAUUGGGGCUAUCCCACCUAGUGUCAUUGAAAAGAAGACUGUUUUGACAUUGGGGCUAUCCCACCUAGUGUCAUUGAAAAGACUGUUUUGACAUUGGGGCUAUCCCACCU